AUGUCAAAACGCGUAGCAAUGGGCAAAAUAAAAGUACUUCUCACCCAAUAUAACACUCGAUCUGCAAGAAGAACGAUACCUACCCCUGAAUCUUCCAGCCAACCUGAUACACCAGAAGGUGCUUCUCAUAUCAUAAAUAAUACUGUUCAACAAGCUGUCGCUGGUAAUUCAAUUGCGAUACCUACACCCGAACCCUCGGCACAAUUAAACUUUACAGGAAAAAAUAUACAUAUUGUACCUACAUCAACUAUCAUUUCAACUGCCAUUUCAGACCGGAUAUGUGGCAAUCCUAACUGUCAAACAAGGGAACCUUCAGCUUGGAGAAGAGAUCUUGCCGGCACUGGAUGGCUAUGUAACGCUUGUGGUUUGUUCAUACGAGCUCGAGGUUUUCAUCGACCUAAAGAUGUUUGCUUAGCUUCUGCAGCAAAGUUACUGGCAAUGUAUAGCAACUCACAAUCUAUAAAGCCGCAGAAAAACGUAAAACGACGUAGGCCUCAAGAUGAUGGUGCCGACAAUGAUAAGGACAACGCAGCAAUAACAUCUGCUGCACAAGAACAAUCUCGUGUUGAUGAAGAUAUCGUGAUGUCAGAAGCAUCAACACCGGCACCUAUGAAUGAAACAAACAACAGCAAAACUGAAAAACGUCCAUGGGAUAAAAAAUCAUAUUUGAAUUGUGGUUUAUAUUCUGUUGAUCUCAAGCACAAAGAUAUACCAAAAAGACGUAAUAAAGGCAAACAAAAAGAAAGAUCAAUUGUAACUCUUCCCCUUCCAAUACAGUUCGGCACAUUUAUUAUGACAGAAGAAAGAAAUUUUCGCUUGCCUUGGGAUUUAAUGAUUGCUCAUAAGCGGGGAAUGUUAAAAAGACGUCCUGCACCAUAUAAGAAAAUUCCUUGCAAUAUAUUCAUUGAGCGUAGACGCAAGCAUGAGAAGCCAGUAGUUUGUCAAUGUGUCCAACCUAGUGAUGGUAGUAUUGGAUGUACGGAGGAAUGCUACAAUCGUGUGAUGUUCUAUGAAUGCUCUCCCAAAGAUUGCCCAUGCGGUGAUAAUUGUUCUAAUCAACGGUUCCAAAAGAAAGAACGUGUAAAAGAACUUGAGGUGAUCGAGACUCCGAACAAGGGAUUUGGUCUUCGCACGAAAGUGCCUGUUAGAAAAGGCCAAUUAAUAAUAGAAUAUCGCGGGGAAGUAAUCUCACACGAGACAGCAAAACAACGAAUGGAAACACUAUACAAGAAUAGAAGACACUCGUACUUUUUGGAUUACGAAAAGGGCGAAGUUCUUGAUGGAGGUUCACGUGGCACAGAAGCCAGAUUUAUCAAUCACAGCUGUGCACCGAAUUGUCAUAUUGAGAAAUGGCGAGCCCCACAAGGCGAACUUUUCGUUGGCGUUUUUGCAUCAAGAAAUAUAGCGUCUGGAGCCGAGCUGACAUAUGAUUAUAACUUCUCGAAGUUUGGUGGUGCUGAGGAGCAGUUAUGUUACUGCGAAUCACCCAUCUGUCGUGGUUUAAUGGGGUCCAAACGAGGGCAAAAGGAAACAAUUAAAUCCCCCAAAAAGAAAGUAAAAGUUAGCGGGAACAAGGGAACUCCCGCAACUAACGAAACAAUGGUAGAUACGCCGCUCUCGCAGCGAGGGCUGUCCGAAACAUCAACCCAAAGAAGUUCAAUUGGUGAGGAAUUGUUCACGGGACUUUUAUCCGAUGGAUCACUUUCAUCGGUUGAUUCAUCAUUGGCUGCAACGCCAAUCAGGACAUCGCCCUCCAUAUCUCCGUCCACCGCAAGCAAUCCGCUAUUAUUUGCGGUGAAUAUGUUUAAUGGCUUAAUUGAGUUGUAA